AUGGGCCGGGACCUCCAAAAGCGCAAGCGGCGCUCCUCGCGCGCCGCGAUCCGGCAACCCUCGUCGGCUCGGCGGCCAAAGCGGGCGCUGAUCCCGCUGGGGAGCAGCAUCGUGGCCAAGAACUGGAACAAGAAGGAGACGACGACGCAGAACUACCGGCGGCUGGGGCUCGUGGGGCGGCUGCGGGCGCCGACGGGGGGCGCGGAGCCGGUGCGGCGGGGGGAGGCGGCGGCGGCGGCGGCGCCCGCGGACCCGUUCGCGAUCGGCGGGCGGGGCGCGGCGGUGCUCGGGGAGGCGCGCGUGGAGCGGGACGCGGCGGGGCGGAUCGUGCGGGUGCUGCGGCCGGGCGCGGGCGCGGGGCACCCGCUGGGCGACGCGCUCGCGGCGCUCGACUCGGACUCGGACGCGGACGCGGGCCCGCGCUCGCACUACCAGCAGCUGACGCGGAGCGCCGUCGACGACGGCGAGGCGGAGCGGGACGGCGUCGCGGCGCAGCUCGAGGCCGAGGCGCGCCGCCCCGCCGCCCGCAAGCCGCGGCCGCAGAGCGCGCGCGAGACCGAGUGGCUGCGCGCGCUCGUCGACCGCCACGGCGACGACGUCGCCGCCAUGGCCCGCGACCGCCGCCUCAACCCCAUGCAGCAGACGCCCGCGGACCUCGCGCGCCGCCUGCGCAAGAUGCGGCAGCAGCAGCAGACGGGUGGCGGCGGCGGCGGGCCGUGAGAGAUGAUCCGACCUGAUAGGCGAAAGAGAAUGGGAGAGGGAGCAGGAACACAGAGCGCAGGGGGAGGGGGGAGAGGUGCUUGCGCCUCGCCGCGCGCGCCGAUAGUCGUUGGCUCGCGAAUUGCGGCGCCUGCCAUGGAGCACCGCGUGCAGUAUCUGACCCUGCCGUUGUGAGCAAGGCGGCGAUGAUAGCGAAGGCGGCGACUACGACGGGAGUAGGACGUGGAGGCUUCCAUCCGCCUGACUGUCUCGACCCUGAUGCCCUAGAGCACAUGUGGGCAGGUAGGCGUUGCGCCUGGCAGAACCGGCCGUCGGAUUUCUAGGAAGAGCAUGGGCUAUCCAAACCUGCACGGGAUUGUCUGUGUAAAGUGUGGUCUUCUGCUCGUCCAUAAGUGGACUCAUGUACGCAUCAUCGCACGGCGUUACGGGGGGGCGAGGGUUUCAACAAGCUAAGCAGGUUGUGUAGCUAACUAACUAGCUAUCAAUUGCCUACCUAGCUCUCAGGAGGUAAAACA